ACAGAAGGGAGCUGGCAGUCCUCACCGCCAUGCGUCCCCUUCUGCCCUCCCUCAGUGGCUGAGAGCUGGGGAAGUUGGGAGCCCUUGGGCUUCAGAGCCAGGGGUUCCUGCCCAAGGCGGGAGGCUGGGUGUCCCCAGGGUGAGGCAAGUCCUGGCUCCCAGUGGUUGGCACGGGCCUGUCAUCGAGGUAGAGUGGAGCAGGAGCCGCCUGUGCCUGUCCCUCCAGUGUGCUGCUGCACUGGAGCCCCGCGCUGUCCCUUCCGGCUGUGGUUGCUGGGCUUACCGUGGGAGGCACGCUCACUGGCUUCGCCCUGCAGGCAAAGCUGCCAGGUUGCGAUUUGCUGGGUGGCGGUUCUGGGGGUUGAGGGACCCCUUGGCUCCAGUGGGCACCUCAGGGUAGUGGGAAGGCCCCAUCUCGGGCUGUUAUCAGCCCUGGAGUCCACAGGACACUCAGGUUAAUGUGUAACAAGCCCUCUCCACCCCGAGUCCACUAGCUGCCACCUGCAGGGCACCCAUAUUCCAGGCCAGCAUGGACCUCAGGGAAGAGGGUCUGCCCCUGAAGACGCUCUUCAGCCAACACCCCGGGGCCAGCGGGUGGCUGAGCCCUUUCCUGCUCACCUGCUGCGUCUACCUCCUCUGGGGUCCCGAGGCCCCGCCGUCCUGGCCUGCGGCCCUGCUCAAGUGCCUGCCUGUGCUCUGCCUUGCGCUGUUCCUGUGGGCCGUGCCCACUGCUGGGGGCCGCGCCCGGCUCCUCCAAGGGGGCCUGCUGUGCUCGGCCGUGGGGGACGUCUGCCUCGUGUGGCCCGCGGCCUUCCUGCGCGGCAUGGCUGCCUUCGCUGCGGCCCACCUCCUCUACCUGCGGGCCCUCGGCCUCUUUCCUCUGCGGCCCGGCCUGCUGCUGCUCGUGCUCCUGAGCUUCGCGGCCUACCUCAGCCUCCUGCUGCCACACCUGCAGCCUGCCAUGGCCGGGCCCGUGGCGGCCUAUGCACUGCUCCUGGCCGGGGUGCUGUGGCGUGGCCUGGCUCGCGGUGGGAGUGCUGGCCACGGCACACUGCUCUUCGCCGUGUCUGAUGUGGUGCUCGCCUGGGACAGGUUUGUGCACCCUCUGCCCCGCGGCCGCCUGGUGACCAUGACCACCUACUAUGCGGCCCAGGCUCUCAUCACCUUAUCUGCGCUCAAGAGCCCUGAGAGGAAGGCCGACUGAGAGGCCCGCUGGACGGAUGAACCCCUCCUCCCGCAGCGGCCGCCUCCAGCACCGUGUGGGCCUCUUGGGUUCCAGGCCACUCUCCAGACCCUGCCCUGCCCUCUGGGCCUGUGCCUCCCGACCCGUGCCCCUCCUGCCACACCAGUCGCCUGUCUGUUUGCUGAUGCUAAGUAAAGUGAGUGUGGAGAGACCAGA